UAAAAGUGUUUCUUUCUCGAGCAUGAUGGCGGCCGCCGGAAGCCCCGUCUCCCCCUUAGCAACGGCGGCCCUAGCAACGGCGGCAGGAGAAGAUGGCCAUGCAGACGGAGUGGCUGGUGCCGCUGGCUCAGCCCCGGCAGAAGAAGCGGCGCUGCGAACUCUGCCUCGGCCCCGCCAACGUCCGCUGCGCCGCUUGCCUGGUCACCUACUACUGUGAUGUGGACCACCAGAACGCCGACUGGGUCAGCGUCCAUGCCAAGAUCUGCCAGCUGCUCAUCCCUCUGCGGGCGGCUCCCCCCUUCUACACCUCGGAGAAGGAGAGGAAACUCGGGGAGGAGCAGAGGCGGAACCGAGAGAUCUUCCUGGCUGACGUGACCUACGAGACGGCCCAGACGUUCCUCAUCGACGGCCAGUACGAAGACGCCAUCCCGGCCGCCCUGCAUUCCCUCAAAUUCAGCAUCAGCAUCUAUGGCUCCAGUGCGGUGGAGCUGGUCCCCCCCUACCUCAUCUUAGCCGAGACCAGCUUGGGCCUGGCUCAUCUCUCGCAAGCCGAAGAGUACCUGGCCCAAGCCCAGUGGAUCGUCCUCAAGAACACCCACUGCAGCUACCACGUUCAGUCCAAGCUGUAUCGCAACCUGGGGCUCCUGCACGCCACCAAAGGGAACCUGGAGGAGGCUCUGUACCACCUGGCCAACGACAUCUACUUUGCGUGUUGCGCUUUUGGGACGACGCGCCACGUGUCCGUCUCCGGAGGCUUCUUCCACAUGGCCAACAUCUUCUCCCACAAGAACAAGAUGGACAUCGUGGAUUCCUUGUAUUGUGAGGUGGUGGAUCUCUGGUACGAUCACUUCAGCCACUUUGUUGAAAUCCAGUACCAAAAACUCAUCACUCCCGCGGAGGUUGACCUGCUGUCGGUGGAAGACGGGGCGGAGGAGGACGUACUGGAUGAGAAGCAACGGGCUGAAGCGAUGCAGAUGCUGAAGUCCAUCUUGGCCUUCCGAGAAGCGUCUCUCAGGCAGCAGCCAGAGAAGGAGGCCAAACUGCUGCACACCUUGGCCAUGUUUCAUUUCUUGGUCCACGAUCUGAAAAAGGCAGAGGGAUUUGUGAUGAGAUGCCUGCAAACCGCUCAGUCCCUGCCCGAACGCCAGCCGGACGAGUCGCUCUACCACCUGGUCAAGCUGCUCCAAUCAAAAGAGGAGCAGGCCCCCUCCAGACUCUGAGCGUCCUUUGAGUAAAACUGGAAACAAAGCCCUCCGAAGGAGAACCGAAGCCCCCUCCUCGGGAAGAGGAGAAUAAGGGGGGACACCGGAGCCAUUUCUGGAGACGCCCCCCCCUUAAAGACAAUCAUUUGCUAUUAUCCCAGGAGCGGGACUUCCAUUUAUUUUGGCUUGAGGCCAGGAUGGCAGUUCUUCCCAGAGAGAGCAGUUGAAGGCUUGCCUGGACCCAUCUCCCAGGCCCUACCACACCACACGCCAUCCAGACUCCCUUUAAUGGGCUAUUCAGCCCCAGGGGGAAUGUCUGUUUCUUCUAAUUGUUCCUUAAAACCACCCUCUUAUUGUCCCUGUCCUUUCAAACUAACCCAGAUGAAUGUUGUGCCUCUGGCGUUUCUCAGAUGGUUUGAUGCAGCUGGCUGUGUGUGUGUGUGCGCCCGUGCGGGUGGAGGCUUUCUGGUCCUGUUGAUUAGGGGAAGCUCUUUCAGGGGUCUCUGUGCUGGGUCUCGGGGGGUCUUUUUUUCCAUCUCUGGAGGAGGGGGGGAGGCUAAGACCACCCAGUCGAGAAGUUUGAAGAAGCAGUUCUCCCCUGACCCUCAUCCUGCUGCUUAAAAAGAAAUUUAGAAAACCAGCAACCUCUAAAAGACUCAGGAGGGGAAAGUCACCACCAGGAGAUCUCUCCUUCCCCAAUGGGCCUUGCAGACAUUGGCGGUUUUCUAAAUUUCUAAAACCGCUCUUCUCUCUCUCUUCUGGGGGCUUAACUGCUCUUUUUGUGGGGUUCUUGGGGACUUCACCUCCCCCCAAACAUCCUGAAUUGGGGUGCAGCAAUCACUUCCCAGAAUCCCCGCCUGGGGCUGCUGCCCCCCCCUGGGGAAUUCUGGGAGUUGAAGUCUGCCUCUGCCAGGUGCCCAGACUCAGAUUUUACAAGGCAAGCAGGGAAUUUUUUUUACAAAUUCUCCCCCCACCCCCACCCCAACUGACACAACAUCACAGGACACACAAUUAUUGUGUUGGUUUGAUCCAUACGAACGUGUCCUCCUCUGGUUUUCCUUCUCUCCCUUCCUGUUGGAACUUCAGAAAGGAGCCCCCCCCCCCACACACACACACAGUAACACAGCAAAACACAAGAGUUGACCUUAAAAAAAAAAUAGCCUAGAAAUGUAAUUCUUUUAUUCAAGUGCGGUUGUGUGUAUGCCUUCGGUUUACAAACAGACAAAUAAAUAAAAUAUACAUAUAUUAUUAAAUAGGAGCCUUUAAUUGUCUUGCUUCGGGAUUUUCUUUCUGCAAACCUGUCGAGGACUAGCAAACACAAAACAGGAAAGGCAUUUCUUUUCCUUUUUUUA